CGGAAGAGGUGUGUUUUCUUCACUUCUCUCACAAACACUCAGGUUUCCACCGAAUGGCGAAAAUGCGCGAAAAACGGCCGAUCAGCAGCGAAUAAAACAGAAACGAAGGAAGGAAGAGAGAGAUUUCACACCAGCUAAACAUCAGAGACAGCUCGUCUGUUGUGGAGUCGUGGGACGGUGAAGGUUUUUUUCCAGUCAGAGUGUUUUUCCAGGCAGCAGGAUGGGGAACAGCAGCAGUGACCGGUCCGGUGGCGGGCAGGGGGACAGAUCAUACAGGGAUGGACAGCAGGGAGGGAAAGAAGCUCGUCCCAACAUCAUGAUGGACAGCGGAGAGGACGCAGACCUGUUCCAGAGAGAAGACCCCAAGGCUCCACAGGAACUACAGGAAUUCCUGGCCUGGCAGCAGGACCUGGACAGUGACAGUAAAAGUCCUACACAAGCCAGACCGACUGUGUUCAGAUGGUCCGGAGUCGCCAAAGAAGUCUUUGUAUCUGGUUCCUUUAACAACUGGGUCACCAAGAUCCCGCUCAACAAAAGUCAGAAGAACUUUGUGGCUAUUGUGGACCUACCAGAGGGAGAGCACCAGUACAAGUUCUGUGUGGACGGUCAGUGGAUCCUGGAUCCAACAGGGGCCGUGAUGACGUCUAAAACUGGAACAGUCAAUAAUGUCAUACAGGUGAAAAGAUCCGACUUUGAAGUCUUUGAUGCCCUCAGGAUUGACUCAGAGGAUUCAGCAGACGUCUCAGAUUUGUCCAGUUCCCCUCCUGGUCCCUAUCAACAGGACGCAUAUGUAACCAAACCAGAAGACAAGAUCAAACAUCCUCCUAUCUUACCUCCUCACUUGCUGCAGGUGCUGCUCAACAAGGACACAGGAAUCUCUUGUGACCCAACACUGCUUCCAGAACCCAACCAUGUGAUGCUCAAUCACCUGUAUGCCCUCUCCAUCAAGGAUGGGGUGAUGGUUCUCAGUGCAACACACCGAUACAAAAAGAAGUAUGUGACCACUCUUCUCUACAAGCCAAUAUAAUCCACAGAGGUGGGAUCCAGCCUCUUAUUUUCUAACAUUUUAUUGUUGUACACAGCUACUAUUUGGAUUGUCUUGCUGAAACUGGACCUAAAUGUCUUUCCAAUAUCAGUGGAAAACAUUUGCCAAAGCUGUUUUUUGCCAUUUUGUCAUCUGAAAAUUUGCAAAUGUUGUGCCUAUUUUAGUAUUUAUAUAUGGAUCUUCAUGAUCAGAUUCCAUCUAAAUACACAAAACGCACAAGAUUAGGUGAAUGUUUAUGUCCAUUCUAAUUUCUCUAGGUUUGUAAGUAGAAGUAUGGUUGAAGAAGAGACCAAACAUGAAGCUUUUCCCUUGUGGCUCUGGUUCAGUUAGUACAGAGUCAGCAUUCCAGUGUGCCUUUAUGUGAGUGACCUGGAACUAUGAGAGACUGUGACCGGACAAUAUAAACUAUGGCAUAGUGAGACAAACACAGCUGCAAUCUCUGCUACAUAAAGUCUACAUAUGUGAGCAAACAGCCACGAGGAUGGUGAAACGUUACAAUCCAACAGGACACCUCACAUUGAGAGUCUCACUACUUUAUUUCAAUCAGACUCCUUUGCACAAAAUCAACCUUCUUUUACAUGUGAUUUUACGAAUUAAAAAGACAUUAAACUUUUUGAGAAGAAACAAGAAA